CUGAGGUUGACAUCAGAUCAUUCAGCAGUAAUCUAUUCAACAGCACAAAGAUGAUCAAGGCAACAACUGCAAUAACUAUCAUCCUGCUUUUGUGUGCUAUAACUGCACAGGGUAUCCCUGUGCCAGGACCUCAAGCCCGAUGCUUGUGCCUCAACACCAGCUCUGAGUUCAUCAAUCCAAAGCUCAUCAAGAGUUUCAAAUACAUUCCCAAAGGAUCGCACUGUGAGAUGCUGGAGAUAAUUGUCACCAUGAAAACGGGGAAGAAAUUAUGUGUGAGCCCUGAUGCUGAGUGGGUGAAGAUCAUCAUUAAAGCAAAGAAAGAUGCCAGUUCACGCAAAAAAGAAGCAAAGCCACAAUGGGAAGGACUUAAUUUCAAACAAGAGAAACUGGAAGAAAAUGGGGCAUGGAAAUGAAAGCUGCUUUGUCCAGGACAUUAAUUCUCUGCUAGCACCAUCCGAUGGCUUGUUUGAAUAUUUACCCUGCUUUAUUUUACAAAAAUGAUUUUAAGUUUUAACCCUGUCACACUGUAAUUG